GAGGCGCCCCGGGAGAGGGCCCUCGCGCGGGAGGGUGGCGCGGGGGACUCAAGUGCAUCCCUAACGCGCCGGGGAGUCUCAAGCACCCCUUCGACCCCCAAGUCCCGGAUCCCCAGCCCAGGAGCGCCAGGUCGGCGAGCGAUCGACCGGAGGAGGCGGCGCCGAAGCCGAGCUCCGCCGCCGGUGUCCUGGUGCCGCCCGGCCGGCUGCAGCGGAGGGGACCGGAGCCGCCGGGCGGCCGGGCCGGACCGAACACCACGCGGAGGCAGCGGCUGGGAGAGCCCGGCGCUGGGAUAGCCCGCUUCAGAGGCCCCGGGACCUUGUCUGCUUCGGGGCCGCGUUCCGGGCGCUUCUUGUGGAUUCUCUAUAAGCCUCCCCUGCUGGUGUGCCAGACCUACCGGGGGCUGUCCUCCUGACUGCCCCAGACUCCGGCAGCGGGGCCCCCGAUGGCAGUGGGCACCUCCCCCUGAAACCUGCCAAGCUGGACGCCACAGCUCCGCACGACGACACUUUGGCCAGCUCCGUGCCCCCUUUGGAGGCGUGCAACCAUGCAGUCCUAGCCUGCAGCCCGGGCAUCCCUGAAGAACACUAUGUAAGCGAAGCUGUGGAAGAUGCUCCCAGCGACAGAGUGUACCGGGAUGCCUGCACCAUUACCGAUGUGUGCAAUAGCACCGAUCUUCCAGAAGUUGAGAUCAUCAGCUUGCUGGAGGAGCAGCUGCCCCACUAUAAGUUAAGAGCCGACACCAUCUACGGUUAUGACCACGACGACUGGCUCCACACGCCUCUCCUUUCCCCAGACGCCAACAUCGACCUCACCACCGAGCAGAUCGAGGAGACGCUGAAAUACUUCCUUUUAUGUGCUGAAAGAGUUGGCCAGAUGACUAAGACAUACAAUGACAUAGAUGCUGUUACUCGACUUCUUGAGGAGAAAGAGCGGGAUUUGGAGUUGGCUGCGCGGAUCGGCCAGUCGUUGUUGAAGAAGAACAAGACCUUAACUGAGAGGAACGAGCUGCUAGAGGAGCAAGUGGAACACAUCAGGGAGGAGGUUUCUCAGCUCCGCCAUGAGCUGUCCAUGAAGGAUGAGCUGCUCCAAUUCUACACCAGUGCUGCGGAGGAGAGCGAGCCGGAGUCUGUCUGCUCAACCCCGCUGAAGAGGAAUGAGUCGUCCUCCUCAGUCCAGAAUUACUUUCAUUUGGAUUCUCUUCAAAAGAAGCUGAAGGACCUAGAAGAGGAGAAUGUCGUACUUCGAUCCGAGGCCUGCCAGCUAAAGACAGAAACCAUCACCUACGAAGAGAAGGAGCAGCAGCUGGUCAACGACUGUGUAAAGGAGCUGAGGGAUGCCAAUGUGCAGAUUGCCAGCAUCUCCGAGGAGCUGGCCAAGAAGACUGAAGAUGCUGCCCGCCAGCAAGAGGAGAUCACGCACCUGCUGUCACAGAUCGUUGACUUGCAGAAAAAGGCAAAAGCUUGUGCAGUGGAAAAUGAGGAACUCGUCCAACACCUGGGGGCUGCCAAGGAUGCCCAGCGGCAGCUCACGGCCGAGCUGCGUGAGCUGGAGGACAAGUAUGCAGAGUGCAUGGAGAUGCUUCACGAAGCGCAGGAAGAGCUGAAGAACCUCAGGAACAAAACCAUGCCCAACACCACGUCCCGGCGCUACCACUCGCUGGGCCUGUUUCCCAUGGACUCCUUGGCUGCAGAGAUCGAGGGAACGAUGCGCAAGGAGUUGCAGUUGGAAGAGCCUGAGUCUCCAGACAUCACUCACCAGAAGCGUGUCUUUGAGACUGUGAGAAACAUCAACCAGGUUGUCAAGCAGAGGUCACUGACCCCUUCUCCCAUGAACAUCCCUGGCUCCAACCAGUCCUCAGCCAUGAACUCCCUCCUGUCCAGCUGUGUCAGCACCCCCCGGUCCAGCUUCUAUGGCAGUGAUGUUGGCAAUGUUGUCCUUGAUAACAAGACCAACAGCAUUAUCUUGGAAACUGAAGCAGCAGAUCUGGGGAAUGAGGAGCGGAGCAAGAAGCCAGGCACACCAGGCACGCCCGGCUCCCAUGACCUGGAGACGGCCCUGCGGCGGCUGUCCCUCCGCAGGGAGAACUACCUGUCCGAGCGGAGGUUCUUCGAGGAGGAGCAGGAGAGGAAGCUGAGGGAGCUGGCGGAGAAGGGCGAGCUGCGCAGCGGCUCCCUCACGCCCACCGAGAGCAUCAUGUCGCUGGGCACGCACUCGCGCUGCUCCGAGUUCACUGGCUUCUCGGGCAUGUCCUUCAGCAGCCGCUCCUACCUGCCCGAGAAGCUGCAGAUCGUCAAGCCGCUGGAAGGUUCUGCCACCCUUCACCACUGGCAGCAGCUGGCCCAGCCUCACCUUGGGGGCAUCCUGGACCCCCGGCCCGGUGUGGUCACCAAGGGCUUCCGGACACUGGAUGUUGACCUGGAUGAAGUGUACUGCCUUAACGACUUUGAAGAAGAUGACACAGGUGACCACAUUUCUCUCCCGGGCCUAGCUACCUCCACGCCAGUUCAGCACCCAGAGACCUCAGGUGAGAGGUCCCGAGCACACGUGACUGUCUCAGGCAGCAGAAGUUACCCGAGCCGGCCUCAGGCUUCCCCAGAGGAGAUGCAGGAGAUGCCAGCAGCCACGGAGGAGGAGGAGGAGGAGGAGGAGGAGGGGUCUGCGCACCACCCUGGGAAGUGCAUGUCACAGACCAACUCCACCUUCACCUUCACCACCUGUCGCAUCCUGCAUCCUUCAGACGAGCUCACGCGGGUCACACCAAGCCUUAACUCGGCCCCGACUCCAGCUUGUGGCAGCACUAGCCACUUGAAGUCCACACCAGUGGCCACGCCGUGCACUCCACGGAGACUGAGCCUGGCCGAGUCCUUCACUAACAUCCGGGAGUCCACAACCACCAUGAGCACAUCCCUGGGGCUGGUGUGGCUGCUAAAGGAGCGGGGCAUUUCUGCGGCUGUGUAUGACCCACAGAGCUGGGACAGGGCCGCCCGGGGCUCCCUCCUGCACUCCUACACUCCCAAGAUGGCCGUGAUCCCCUCUACCCCUCCGAAUUCGCCUAUGCAGACACCCACGUCCUCCCCGCCCUCCUUUGAGUUCAAGUGCACGAGCCCUCCCUACGACAACUUCCUGGCUUCCAAGCCAGCCAGCUCCAUCCUGCGGGAGGUGAGAGAAAAGAAGAACGUCAGGAGCAGCGAGAGCCAGACAGACGUGUCCGUCUCCAACCUCAACCUCGUGGACAAAGUCAGGAGGUUUGGGGUGGCCAAAGUGGUGAACUCAGGGCGAGCCCAUGUCCCCACCUUGACUGAAGAUCAGGGACCUCUCCUCUGUGGGCCCCCAGGACCAGCACAAGCCCUUGUUCCUGGAGGCCUGGUACCUGAGGGCCUGCCUCUCGGAUGUCCCACCGUCACCAGUGCCAUCGGUGGACUGCAGCUCAAUAGUGGCAUCCGACGGAAUCGUAGCUUCCCCACCAUGGUGGGAUCCAGCAUGCAGAUGAAAGCCCCCGUGACUCUCACCUCGGGCAUCUUGAUGGGUGCUAAGCUCCCCAAACAAACUAGCUUGCGGUGAGGUUGGGGGGCCUGUGCCCCGGAGGAGAUGGGCAUUCUCCACCCUGUUCCCUGCCUCCCCUUCCCCCUGCAGUGCACUCUCCCCCUCUUCCCGUCCCUGUCCACCUCCUGAGCUAGACAAAUCAACCUUGUGCCUAACGGGGGAAGAGUGGAACUUUGUAAAAAGUGUGUACAUAGGACUUGGAGACCUUGUGUCUGCCCCGCCCUUUCUUCCAGUUCCACAGGAAGUGUCCCUGCGCUGUCCUCUGGUGAGGACUUUACCUGUGGAGUCUGGGAAUGGUGGUGUCCUUUCUUCUUUACUUUUGAGAAGCACUGAAACUCCCAAGUGUGUUCUUAUCCCAUGGAUAGGAACCAGUGAAUCCGGUGUCUGACAGCUCCCCACCGCACCCCACGGGCUGUCAAGCGGCCCAGGUCAUAAUGCAUCUGGUGCCCCGGGGGGUCCUUGGAUGCCUCGCCCACCCUAAGAGCCUAAGGGGCCUCCAUCCUGGCCACACGCACCUGGCUGUAGCUUUUCACAAUCGAGAGCUUUUCUUUCUUUUACGGGUGGCCCAGCUUCUUCAAGACCGUCACUACUCUGCCUCAGUGGACAGUUGUUUUCCUUUUCUAGGUGUGAUCUUUUCUUUUCAUGCCUUCAGCUUGAAGUCAUCCUGUGUUUUGUAAUCAGCUGUCAGACCACAAGGCUGACCCGGAAGAGAAUGUAUUCACACUCCCACUGCUUUGUUCAGCAGUCCCUCUGUGUUCUGUGUGACGUUUUGUUUUAUUUUUUCCAUUUUUUUUUUAUACAUGCAGGGAAGCAAUGGUACCGGCAGUGUCUGUUGUCUGUUUGGUUCCAUGACACCAAAAUGCAGAUUUCAAACACACCGAGUUGCUAAUGAGAGAGCAGCUUAUUUCUGGGACCCAGUGUCACAAGCAGGUUGAUUGAAGGCCAGACCCAAGACAACUCUAACAGCAGGACUGAGGAAAGGGGAUAGGAAAAAGGGUUCUUCAAGAAAAUUUUCAACAGUAAAGGUAAAGGAGAAGAAACCCAGCUAAACCGUACCCAUCUGGUCAGGACAGGAAUCGGGCAUCGGCCUUCGGCUGGCUCAAGCCCUCACUCUGAAAUGGGCAACCCACUUUUACUCAUGGGGUCGCCAUUCAGUGCCCACACAUUUGCCCUCUUGUUUCAAAACACAAUGAGAUAGUUUCUUCCCCCCAAAGCCCUUUGUCUCCUUGUGCCUCCUUUUGUGCUUAGGGAGAGAUUAGAGGUGCUUAUGAAAAGAACCACAAACCAACAAGAGAGCCUGGUCUUGUUGCUGUAGCCGAGUAAGUUGUGAACUUUUAUUUAUUACCCGUGUGUGCCAUAUUUUAAGCAAAUACCCUUCCAGCUCCAGUCUGUGUGUCUGUGGCAUUGCAAUCCAAGCAGAUAAUUUAUUUAUUCUAAUCUGGGAACACUGCCCACCAAGGUGUUCCAUGACCACCUGUUCCGGAUAUUUGUGGAAGGAUAAUAUCCUCUAUACCUGAAAUUGUCAUCCUGUGCCCUCCCUCCCAGCUAAAGAUGUGAGCUUCAGUUGAGUGAGUUUAACCUUACGUCCACCAAGGAUUCUUUGAGGAAGUCCCGGUGGAGCAAGCUUCGAUCCCAUGAUUUCAAAACCACUUGUCCUCUGACUGUGAGAGCACUGGUUAUGUUCUCAAUUUCCCCUCACCCUAGUGUGUCCGUACUCUGCAAGUAACUUACACCUUUUUAUUUGAAUGUAUUUUAAAGCAGUAGGUUGAAUAACAAAGGAAUAUGAAAAACCAUGGACUGAUUGGACCACUUUAUGUAUUCAGAGAGGACCCACCCAUCAGGAACACCAGUGUAAAAAUGGGCAAUUCAGAGGUUGCAGUAUUUAGUAUAGUAAAUAAAUUAAAUGAUCAACAUUAUGCAACCACUACCAAAAAGUGAGUUGUAAUGCAUCAAAAAAUCAAUAAAAUUUUAUUCGCGAACGAGUAUCAAUAAAAUAAAUUCAAAUGAUGGAAACCAC